AUGAGGCAAAAUGAUGGGCGUGGUCGCUCUCCCUUUCACGAUGAGGCACUUCCGGAACAGAUCGACGAGGCAGACCAGUUUUCCCCAGAUAGUUGGGUCCCUCGUAGCAAGGGCUUGAAGCGUCUCACGGGAAAGCAUCCGAUGAAUGCAGAAGCUGAUCUAACAACUUUGUUCAACGCUGGUCUUAUCACACCAUCCCCCAUCCACUAUGUCCGUAAUCACGGAGCCGUACCACAUUUACUCUGGGAAAAUCACAAACUCGAUGUAGUUGUCGACAGGCAAUUGACCUUUGGCAUGGAUGAGUUAAUAGAUCAGUUCACCAGCAUCAACAUACCUGUUUUCCUUGCCUGCGAUGGUAGUCGUCGGAAAGAACUCAACAUGAUCAAACGCACGCGCGGGUUCAACUUCACCACCGCCGCGGCGGGCUGCUCGUAUUGGAAAGGUGUGCUACUUCGCGAUGUCCUUCUGGAGGCGGGUGCUACACAGCUGAUGGAGAGAGAGCCUGAGAAGUGCUUUUGGGUCCAUUAUAAGGGUGCCGAUCAGUUGGGCGAGGGCGAAUAUGCAACCUGUGUUCCUCUAUCAUAUGUCAUGGAUCCCACUAAUGAUGUGUUAUUGGCAUAUGAGAUGAAUGACCAUCCGAUUCCCCCUGACCAUGGUUAUCCACUGCGGUUAAUGCUCCCCGGAUGGGUGGGAGCACGAUCUAUCAAAUGGUUGACGAAAGUCUGGGUCACUGAAUUCGAAAACGAUAGCUAUUACCACAUAUAUGAUAACCGACAGCUACCCAGCUUCGUCACCGACUCUGAAUCUGAAAUUGCGAAAAUUAUGUAUCACCAUCCUAGCACUCUGUGCACGCAACAGAUGCUGAACUCGGUAAUUGUGAAGCCAUCACAAGGAGAGAAAAUCAAUUUGGCGGACAUGAAGAAAGGUAAAACAUAUCGUACCGAAGGCUUUGCUUAUAACGGAGGCGGGAAUGAGAUAGACAGGGUGGAGAUUAGUUUGAACGGUGGCGAUACCUGGCUCUACUGUGUGCGCAAGUAUCCUGAAGCACCGAUGCGACACGGCAAGAAGUUUUGGACCUGGUUGCAUUGGCACGUUGACAUCGACAUAACAAAGCUCGCUCGUGCAGAGAGCAUUAUUGUACGUGCCUUUGAUGAGCAUAAGAACACACAACCUCCAAAGCCAGUGUGGAAUCUGGAAGGGAUGAUGAACAACUGCUGGUAUCAAGUGAUACCAGAGAUAUACGAUGAUCCCGCUAACGAAGACGCGUACCUACUAUUCAGACAUCCCGUUGAGCAAGGGAAUGGUACCAACGGCUGGAUGAGGGAAUCAACCGAGGAACAGAUCGAAGAGGUUAGGCGGAAGGCAUCCGCUCCUGGGAAACAGUUCACUCGAGAUGAGAUCGAGAAACACCAUACUGAAGACGAUUGUUGGAUUGUGAUAAACGGGAAUGUGUAUGACGCUACCAGUGUCUUGAGCUGGCACCCUGGCGGGAAAGGACCAAUUAUGGCCCAUGCUGGAGCCGUGCAUAUGGAUACCACCGAGGAGUUUGAAAGUAUCCAUGAUAACUAUGCGCAGGAGAAACUGAAAGGACAAGUUACGGACAAGGCGAUGGCCCAUAUGCAAAAGGAUGCUAAACACAAGAAAGAGGAGUUGUCGCACACCGAGGGAGGAGACAGUAAGGCUGCUCUUAAUGAGCACAUGUGGAGUCGUGCGAAGCUGGUCAAGACUACACGCCUCUCCCAGGAUACCCAGCGAUACACAUUCGGCCUCUCACACUCGGCUACAAAGCUUGGCCUGGAAACAGGACAGCAUAUUCAACUCGGCUUCCAUUUCAAGGAUAGCCUGGUCUUCCGUCCCUAUACUCCAGUAAGACCUGUCUUGGAUAGCGAAGAGGACGGGACUUUUGACCUCGUUGUCAAGACAUAUUUCCCAGAUCGGGAUCAGCCUGGUGGUACCAUGAGCAAUAUUCUUGAUUGUCUUCAGGAAGGGGAAGAGGUCGAAGUCAAAGGUCCGUCCGGUGAGAUUCGCUAUCAAGGCCAUGGCCGCUUCGGUAUCGAUGACAAGACCUAUACCUUCGACAAAAUUUCUUUGAUCCUUGGAGGAUCCGGUGUCACACCAGGAUAUCAGAUCAUUGCGCGGAUCCUAGGAGAUGAAACCGAUAAAACUAAGCUCAGAGUAAUUGACGCUAAUAAAUCUGAAAACGAUAUACUGAUGAAAGGAGAGCUGGAGCAAUUAUCCAAAAAGCACAGUGCCCAAGUGGAGAUUGCCCACGUGCUAUCCCAUCCUGGAGAUGACUGGAAUGGUCUCAAAGGACAUGUAAACGAGGACAUUAUCAAGAAACAUGCCUUUGAGCCCGAUCAUCGCAAUGUAGCACUUCUCUGUGGGCCGCCAACCAUGAUCCAAAAAGCAGUCCUUCCCGUUCUACAAGCCUGGGGAUAUGACGAAGACAAGAACUUGUUCGGUUUCUGA